UAUUGUGAAACCCUAAUUGAAAACCAUCCAUCUUCCGUUCUCACUCUCUCGAUACCCUCUCCCUGUCUCUGCUCCCUGUGCUCCCUGAAAUGUCAUCGUCCUCCUCCUCUGUUCAUCUCCCUCUCUCCAUUUUAACCCCAAAACUCGACACGCCUAAACCCCAAAACGCCGUCACAGUCCGACUGCCCAUUCACUCCGCUCUCUCUCUCUCUUUUCUCUCGGCUCCAAUUCUGCCCUAGCCUCUCUUCAAUUCUGUGUUAAUGGGGCUUAUUGGAUCGACCAAAAAGAGAGGUUUGGAGAAAAAAGAUGAGUUAUGGAGCUGGAUUUGGAACUCUAAGGUUCAUCCACGGAUGAGUUUGAUAUUAUGGAGAGUAUGUUCGAGUGUGUUGCCUACGGGUGAUAAAUUUCUUCCAUUGGAAGCAAACACUUGCCCCGUAUGUCAUAUGGCCCCUGAAUCGGCUAUCCAUCUUUUUGCUAAAUGCAGUUUUGCUACUGCUUUAUGGUUCUCUAGUCCUAUGCCCAUAAGGAUCGACAGGGUGGCGGGUGCCAAUAUGCAGGAGGUCAUCCACAAUCUAUGCAGUUCUUUUGACUUCUCUCUUCGGCCCAAACUUCUCAACUGCAUUGGGGUGAUUUUGGAUUGCAUUUGGAACACAAGGAAUAAAGUGUACGAUUCCGUGGAUUAUAUGCCUAAUGUGAAUUUGAUCAGAGGGGAAGUUUUCAGCAGAGUGUCUGAAUUAUGCCAGGUUGUUGAGGCCAAUUUAAGUCUGUCGAACAACCAUGAAGGGGAGACCUCGCCGAGGAUAUCCACAAACACUUUUAUCAUGGUGGACGGUUCUUUCAAGGAUGGUACCUACGGGUGUGCUAUGGUGGCCCUGGAUAAAGGUUAUAUGGAGUGGUGGCAAUGCACCUCCUCUGGUGAGGGAGAGUCCGCUCUUGAAGCUGAGAUGCAAGCAAUUCUGGUGAGUCUGCAGUGGGCGUUUCUGCAACAGUGGGAUAAUUUUACAAUUAUCUCGGACUCAAAGGUGCUGGUGGAGGCUAUUCGUGCUAAAAAAGCUCCGGCUUGGAAGUGCUCUGCGCUUUUUUCCCUCAUUUUACUUAAACUAUCUCAAUUUUCUGUUUGUUACUUUGUUUUUUGCUAAAAGAGAGCACUUUUCUUAAGUUGAUGGCUUAGCCAAGUCGGCAAGAGCUUGUAAUGCUGGCUGCCAGACUUCUAAAGGGGAGGAAUUUCCCCCUGUGAAUUCCAUUUUCCUUACUUCUUCAAUCUAAUUCGAACUGAGGUUCUUUCAAACAAAAAAAAAAGUUAAUAUAAAAGUUAGAUGACAAUUUUAAGUGUGAAAUUAAAAACUGACUUACAAUCCUCCAAAAAAAAAA